UUCUGCCAGCGAGUCAGUUGCACUGUGGACCCGGCAGAAAGCCAUCAAGCGAGCGAGCGGACCGAGAGCACCAUUAGGCAGUCUUCUCAACGCCGAACAACAAAAGCCAGAGUUUUCAUCACACAAGGUUUAUCUCGGCACUUCCAGCAUGAGGGCCACGUCUUACUCCCAGAGGAGCCUGCAGGUCAGCGGCUCCAACAGCCGGGUGCGGGUCCAGAGCCCGUCCCCGGCCCGUUGCCGCGGCACCUCCUACGACAGCCGAGGACGCUCGGGGUUCCAGGGCCAGGCCCUGGCCAUCGAGCUGGGCACGGAGAUGCACCAGCAGCACGCCGACGAGAAGGAGGAGAUGCAGGAGCUUAACACCAGGUUCGCCGGAUACAUUGAGAAAGUCCAGGCCCUGGAGCACAGGAACGCCUCCCUCCAGGCCGAGCUGGGCGCCCUCCAGGGCCGCUACAAAGGGGGCCCCACGGGCAUCGGGGAGGAGUACGAGCUCCGGUUCAAGGAGGUGCGGGAGCUGAUCGAGUCCCUGACCAACGAGAAAGGCGCGGCCGACAUCGAGCGCGGCUACAUCGCGGAGGAAGUGGAGGUGUGGCGCCUCAAACUGGAGGAGGAGCUGGCGCUCAAGGAGGAGGCCGAGAUGAUCCUGCGGGAGUUCCGGCAGGACGUGGACGACGCCACUCUGCAGAAGGCGGAGCUGGAGAGAAGCGUGGAGCAGCUGGUCGCCGAGAUCGAGUUCCUCAAGAAGCUUCACGACGAAGAGGUGGCCGACCUCAUGAAGCAGAUCGAGGAGUCCAAGGUCACCGUGGAGCAGGACGGCGACCGACCAGACCUGGCCGCAUACCUGCGCAACAUGCGCGCCGAGAUCGAGUCGGUGGCCGCCCGCAACGUCCAAGAGGCGGAGAAGUGGUACAAGGGCAAGUUUGACACGCUCAAAGUGCACGCCAGCAAGAACGAAGAGCAGAUGAACGCCAUGAAGAACGACAUCGCUACGUACAGCACGCAGGUGACCGAGCUGCAGAACCAGAUCGACGGGGUGAGGGCUCGCAACGCGUCCCUGGAGCAGCAGCUGGACGAUAUGGAGAUGGCUCACAUGGACAAAGUGAACGCCCUCGAGGCGGUCAUCGCCCAGCUGGAAGCCCAGCUCUGUGAGACCAAGCUGGAGAUGACCAAGUACCUGCAGGACUACAAGGACCUGCUGCACAUUAAGCUGAGGCUGGACGCCGAGAUCGCCACCUACAGGAAGCUCCUGGAAGGAGAGGAGAGCCGGCUCGGUCUCAAGGCUGACCCAGCAGCAGGGAUCUAAAGGCCUCUAAAGGUCUUGUAGUAUUUGGAUGAGACCACCAGGAAAGAGAUGCCACUGCUGUUUUUGAGCAACCAUAGUCUUCCUCACCCAUCGCAACGUCCUACCAUCAUACCAAGCCAUAUAUGAAGAAUGUCUUUCUGCUCUCCCCAUGGAACAUAGUAUGGUUCCCCUCACAGCCCCAUCUGCCUUGCAUACCUAAACUUUCUCCACAUCCUCACUUACAACCCCGUCCAUCCUUUUUUAUUUUUAGCAGAACGCAUGUCUUUGCCAUCUGUGUAUCUAUGGUGUAGUUUUUUCUUGCCAACCAUAGACCUUCCAUAGUUCUUUACCCCUUUCUUUGCAAUCUUAAUGUCCUUAGGGUCCUUUUAAAAAUGGCUACUUUGUGGAUUGUUCUGACAUUUCUCAUCACGUCCCUAUAAAACGGGAACCUCUAUCCCAAAUGGAGUCAACAUCUCCAACCCGUUUGACUGGGUUUCAUACUACCCGUCUGAGGAUUAAUCCCCCCCCCCUCUUGUGUCAGAUCUGGUAACUGUUUAAAAGUGUUUUUAACUGCUCAAUAAAGCUUGACGUGAGUGCAUUCUAAAACA